AUGGGACAUUUAGAGCUCGCAACGGCCAUCUGCAGGCUGCAGCCGUUGCUAUUAACCAGGCAGAACUCCAAAGGAGACACUCCGGUGCACUGCGCGGCCAGGGCCGGGCAUCACGCGAUCGUCACCACCUUCGUCCUCCCUCCAAUCGUAGAUGACGAACUCGGAGAGGAGAAUGUAUUAUUCCGGCUCCUCAGGGCGAGGAAUCGCGUCGGAAACACGGCCCUUCACGAGGCGGCUCUGAACGGCCACCAAGCGGUGGCCCAAACGAUCAUGUUCAUAGACCCAGACUCGGCGGCUGUGGUGAAUCAGGCGGGCGUGUCUCCGCUCUACAUGGCCGCGCCAAACGGCCAGACAGCGCUGCAUGCAGCCGUGCUCAGAAGCUACGGUAUGCUGCGGUAA